AUGGACGAGUCAAUUAAUCUCACAUUGAACGCACGCAAUUACUGGACCGGUGGACUUGGUAUUUGCCAUGUCAAUGCCGCACUUGAAGCCUCACCGUUGACAAACCAGACACUGGAUCUGACACCUCAGUUAUCAUCUUUUGCAACCUUCGAGGCAUCCGUCGCUUCGAUUGUCACCCUCCCGUGCGAUUGUGAGCACGACUGUUUCCAAGCGGCUGUAGGUUUGGACGACGGGUCUGUGCAGUUGGUCACAGUUCCAAAGAAUCUGGAAACUUCUUCUGAACCGACGCUGUCUAUCAACUCAAGCGUGGACCACGAUUGGCCCAUACAGCGAUUAGUAACGGCAGACAUAACACUGGUUUCUUUGGACACUGGAGGAGUCGUUAAAAUUUGGGAUGCCCACCGCUUUCUGCCAUCUGCCUCUUGGUCCAUCGGAUCUUCAUCCUGGCCUCUGGGUGGUCUAUCUUCUUACCCUGAUAUAUCCGUUUGUCCCGGCGCAUCCUCUCCCUCUUUCCGUUUAGCCACCUUGUCUCCAUGUGACCCAAUUAGGCAGGUGGCCUUAUGGGACUCACGAGUGUCUUCACUUCGUGCUCCGGUUCUCUCUUUGUUUCACUUACCCGGCAAUUCUCUCGCAGAUGCACCUCGGUAG